AUUUCAUUAGAUGUAUAUACAAUUCAAUGUACACAUUUUGUUUUUUGCUGGUAACGAGGCUUUGCAAUGCGGCUAUUCAGAGCUGUCUUUGCGGCGCUCGUGUUUACGACCGUGUCUAUAAGGUCUGAUUUUCUACAGAAGGUCGAAUGUAAGCAAUGGGAGCCAGCUGCUGAGCGCGUCAGAAAGCUCAAUGAUGCCAUGGCCAUCCGAUAUGGCACAAGCCCGAGUGAAGAUAACCCCAAGGGUGCCAUGAAGCUGUUUCAAGAGCUUGCUGAAGGUCCACGUGACAGUAUCACAGUUCAAUGUUGGUACGAACUUGGGAAGAUACAUCUAUUUGGUGUUGACUCAUAUUACUUUUGGCGUCAGCGCGAUGUUGCAAAGGCUAAGGAGUUGUUUUUGAAGGCUACUGAGUAUGAUCAUGGUCCGUCUAUGUUUUAUGCCAGUUUCAUAUACACCAUUGAGGGUGAAGGUCCAUUGACGCCUGACCCUCAGAAGGCUGGUAAUCUGCUGCGUCGCGCUGCGUCCGUUGGUUAUGUUCCGGCUAUUCUUGCCCUCGGUUACCGCAAGCUCUUUGGCAUAGGUUGCUCACGUGACGUCAGAGCAUCGAUUGCAUUAUACAAGAAGGCUUAUCGAAUGAAUCGCAUCCAGAGUGAUAAUUUAAGUUACAUGGUACCUACUGAGGAUAUGAUAAUUAGUCCCAAGUCAAUCCAGUCGUUCAGCCUUGCCCAGUCGCAGCAUUCGCAUACCGACUCCGCGCAGCGCAAAGAGUCCCUGAAGUAUUGGGAAUCUAAGGCUGGUGGCGGUGACGGCCUCGCGAUGUACGAGAUGGCCAAGCUAAUGGAAGAGGACCCGGGAGCUGAAGAGGCCGUUGCUAACUUAUACAAGAACGCUAGUAACAAGGGCGUGGUAGCUGCCACACGUGACAUUGGUUUAUGUUACUUGAACGGUAUUGGUGUACGUCAGAAUGCAGAGAAGGCAGUGGAUCACCUUAAGCUAGCAGCUAAGCAAGGUGAUAACGAAGCAGCUAAAUUCCUAGGCUACAUAUAUUACCGUGGAGUUCCUAACCCCCAGGAAGGCAAGCCCAUAGCACGUGAUGAGAAAUUAGCCAUUAAGUAUUUUUCCCAGGCUGCUCGUCACGAAGUACCCGAAGCUAUGUAUUUCAUGGGUGAGAUAUUUGCCCGGCGUGCUAAAUCGCUUACUGGUGACAAGUCACCCAAGUUGAUGUUAAGGGCCCUGGCCAUGUACAGUGCUGCCGCUGAUUAUGGCUUGACCCACGCCCUGCUUCGUGAGGCUGAUUUGCUAGAAUCCGGUAUUGGAGUAAAGCCGAAUUUGACUAGGGCAGCCCUGAAUUAUAAAUCAUUGGCUGAAUCGUCAUUUGCCAUUGUUACACUGCGCGACUCAUUCCACUCCUACCUCCAGAAAGACUACCUCAGCAGCUUUUUACACAACACCAUUGCUGCGUUUGUAGGUAUCCAGGCAGGGCAAUUCAACGUAGGGCAGUUGUACCUGCUUGGUAGGGGCCUCCGCCAAAUUCAAAACGCCUCGCGUAUAGCAAAGACUGCAUUGGUACAAUGUUUGAAACAGGGCAGUGUCCAGUCAUUGAGGCUGCUGGGCCGUAUCGCAGAGCAGGAUGGUCAACACCAGGUGGCCCUCGACCUGUACUCAAAAGGGUUCAAGGGUGGUGACAUGGAUUGUCUAUAUCCUUUGGUUGCUAUUUUCAGCGCUGACGGCGACACUCGUCACAAGGCCGUUGCACUCCUGGAACACAAGCAAUAUCGCAACGCUCGCAGCCCCGAGGGCAACAAUUCAGGAUUACUCAGUACCUGGGACAACGUCUCAUUAUGGGUACGCAUAAAAACCCUAAAGGCACGUCUAGCUAUAGACAGAUACACCAAGCGUGACAAGGAUAGCCUUUGAGCUAUACUUGGUAACUACACAAAUCUACUGUAUGGAACCGUGUUAAUCUUUUAAAUGCUAGUUACAGUUU